AUGACUCAGGAGCGAGUCCCGUUGGCAGUAUUCCUUCUUCACAGUGAGGCUCAGCAUUGGUGGGCAUUCGUUUCUCGAGUGGCUAGGACAGAUUUUGUGUGGACUUGGAAGGACUUCAUGGACUGGUUCAACCAGAAAUUUUUCCCCGAGCAUGUUCAACAGCAGCGUGCAUUGGAGUUCGAGACACUUGUCCAGGGGGACAUGACCGUGUCCCAGUAUGAGGCACGUUUCGUCACAUUGUCCAGAUUUGCUACUUAUCUUGUGGAUGAUGAGAGGCGGAAGGCCCGCCGUUUCGUGAACGGCUUGUAUCCCGCUCUUAGGAGUCGUGUGGUCAGACACCUGCUUAUGACAUUCGAUCAGGUUGUUCAGAGAGCUUUGGUCUACGAGGAUGAUUGGGCCACCUUGCAGAGGACUCGUGACCAGGGAGGAGACCGGAAGAGGAAGGCGCCCUCCGGUAGCUCCCGUCAGCAGCAGCACCGUCAGCAUAUGGCUUGCCUAGGAUUUUGA